AUGUCGCCCCACAAGGCCACGAUGUUGUUGCUAGUGUUAGCCACCGCUUUGCUUGUGGUAGCCACCGCUGGCGCUGAUAACCCCACCGCAAAGGAAGGCUGCCAGUCGAGCUGCGGUGGCGUCGACAUCCCCUACCCAUUCGGCAUCGGCGCCAACUGCUUCCGGCCAGGCUUCGAGAUCCUCUGCGACAACUCAAGCGGGGUGUAUAUACCGCUUCUUCCAGGCGCCACCUCCCGCCCCGACUGGGGUUUUGACCUCGGUAUCUUUGGAGACUGGUUCGCGGACCAGGUACGUGUUCUUAGCCUCAACGUGACGCCACGCGCGGAGAUCCGGGUGGAGACGAAGGUGGCAUAUCAGUGUUUCAACGCCCUCGGCAAUGUCACCAAACAAUUCGACGGCGGUCUGAAUGUGAGCGCGACUAGCACUCAGGAUGUGUAUCGCAUCUCCAACUACGCCAACGAGCUCUACGUCCUCGGCUGUAGCACCUUCAUCUACACGGGCAGCGGGUCGCCUGGCCGUAACGCCCAGUCCUACUAUGGCGGCUGCGUGGCCUACUGCAAGGACGCCGACGCCCCCAAGGACGGUGCCUGCGAGGGCAUCGGCUGCUGCCACAUCAACCUCCCACCGGGCCUCAUCGACACCCGCAUGCAGCUAAGCACAUGGCCGCACAUAGAUCUCGAGUACAGCCCCUGCAACUACGCCUUCAUCGUGGAGAAAGGCAGAUAUUCCUUCAAGGCGGCUCACGUCAAAGACGACAUGCUCAGCAACCAGACCAUGCCGCUGCUCCUCGACUGGGCUGUCCGCGACUCGGAAUCCUGCAACAACCUCAAGGAAUCAGCCUGCGUCAGCGUCAACAGCCGUUGCGCUGAUUCCGACAAUGGGCCGGGGUACGUCUGCCACUGUUCCGACGGUUACGAGGGCAACCCUUACGUUCCAGAAGGUUGCCAUGGGAUUGUCCUAGGUUUAUCCCUCAUAGUUAUUGCUCUAUUGUUAGUACUGGUUUUCUUCCAAAAGAGACAACUGGACAAAUCAUUUGAAAAGAACGGGGGUAAGGUACUUCAGAACGUGAAAGGCCUGACCAUUUUCACCAAGGAGGGACUGAAGAAAAUCACAAGAAACAAUUCAGACUUUCUUGGUAAUGGAGCCUUUGGUAACGUCUAUAAAGGAACUCUCCCUGAUGAUACUAUUGUGGCUGUCAAGGGAUCUAUCGUUGUAAAUGAAGAAUCAAGGAAAGAUUUCACCGAUGAAGUGGAGAUUCAGACCAACAUGAUCCAUAAGAAUAUUCUUCGGCUGGUAGGUUGCUGCCUUGAGGUGGAGGUCCCAAUGCUGGUAUACGAGUUUGCGGCUAAUGGAAGCCUCCAAGACAUUCUCCACCAGAAGAAAAACCAAGAACUUCCACUGGAUCUGCGUUUGGAUAUUGCAAUUGGGGCUGCAGAAGGGUUGAAAUACAUGCACUCAUCCACAGCUCAGGCCAUACGACAUGGCGAUGUCAAGCCGGACAACAUACUCCUUGAUGAAAAUUUAACACCCAAAAUCUCUGAUUUUGGGCUGUCAAAGCUUAAUAUAGAGGGACAAUUUGCCAAGAAAGUAGUUGGGUGCAUGGGUUAUGUGGACCCGGUUUUCUUGAAAACUGGCCUUUUAACACAAAAGAGUGAUGUGUACAGCUUUGGAGCCGUUCUCCUGGAACUAAUUACUGGAAAGAAGAACGUAUAUGGCGAGAACCAAAGCCUCAUCAUUGAUUUCUGCAAAGUUUACGAGAAAGAGAAUAGUGGGAGGGCUAUGUUUGACACGGAGAUUUCAAAUGAAGAAGACAUGUUUAUCUUGGAAGAAAUUAGCAAGCUAGCAAUUGAAUGUCUACACGAAGACAUAGAAGAGAGACCAGAUAUGACGGAGGUGGCUGAGAGAUUGGUUAUGCUCAGGAGAGACAAGAAACUUAAAAAGACACUCGGCACUUAUGGGAGCUUGGAGGAUAUCACCAUGGCUGGGUCACCCAUACAGCAGCAGACCUAG